AGUACGCCCUAAUAUCAACUGCCCCGACUGUCAAAGCCCUUUGUUGCUCAUUUAAACGCGCUGUAAACGCUCCUCGCGGCCCCCGCAGUGGCCCCUCGGACAGAGCUGCGCUUGUUUCGGUGUAAAAACAGCGGGGCAGAAACCAAACAGUCGUCACAUACACGCACGUCCGUUUUUUCUCUCCCUUCUUUUACCGCAGUGCAUCUGCAGCUUCCUGUGAUGUGGCGCAGGAAGAAAACACACGCACACACACGCACAUCCACAUACACGCACACACACACACACAGACGCACACACAGACGCACCGUUAACAGGGACAGGACGGAUCUAAUAGAAUAGCUUUUAUUAUUUUUGGUGUGGAGGGCUGGCGUCUCAGGCAGUUUUACCUGCAAUGCCAGAACGAGCUAAGCAUCUCCUCUCCGCGCGUGUGGGUCAUUAAACAGUCGGACAUACAACGUCUUUCCAUCAUUCAGCUGUCAUCACAGGGGAGGACGGGAUUGUUGUCUUCAUUCUCUUCCUCCUCUUUUUUUCUACUCGGAGGAGACGACUCGAGGAGAGGAUGCCUCGAUUUCAGGACAGUAGGCUCUGUGUUCGGUGAUCCGAUUAAGGAUAAUAUUUGCCCAUCAUAUCGGUCUGUGUGUAAUAGGCCCAUUGGUAGCAUCUAACCUGCAAAAGCAGGAGCGCUGCGGUUGAAGUUGGUAUUGAUUUUUGAGGCUCCUCAUCACAUAUAACCGCUCCUCCAACAUCCGGCCGAUAUGGCAGCAUCAAAGCUACUACUGCUCCUUACUCUCCUCUGCAGCAUGUUUGCAUACUGCCGUGGGGCCUGUGCAGAGCCGGACUCUGACACAGAGGCGGUCGCAGGCAAGGGCUUCAAACUGGGAUGCAUCUCCUGCAAGAGGAGGAGUGAGGUGGUGGGGACCGCCACCGUCGAAUGGUACUUCAGAGGGAAAGGAGAGGCCGACUUUGUAAAAAUCUACACCUACAACGAGGAAGGCCCAAACAUCGAGAGCGACAACUUCAUGGAUCGGGUGGAUUGGAACGGAAGUAAGAGGAGCCCUGACAUCCAAGACGCGUCCAUAUACCUGCUCAAUGUCACCUUCAAUGACUCGGGCACCUACCAAUGCUUCUUCAAUCGCAUCCUCUUCUACACCAACUACGAGUACAGCACCGUCGUCAGCAAGGUGGUCCACCUCACCGUGGUCCCUAAAGCCACCAGAGUGACGGCGUCCAUUGUGUCCGAGGUCAUGAUGUACGUGACCGUCAUUGGCCUGCAGGUCUGGCUCCUCAUAGAGAUGAUAUACUGCUACAAGAAAAUAUCAGUACACGGGGAAGAAGCGUUACGAGAAGCGGCAAAUGCUGAAUAUUUAGCGAUAGCCUCAGAAAGUAAAGAUAACUGUGCAGGGGUGCAGGUCGGAGAAUAGCACAGGCUUCUCCCGUGGGCUGAAAACAUCCUUCCACCCUCUGACCUGCAUGUAGACAGCCUCUAUUUUCCCUUUUCCUGGACAGAGAUCACACAUGGAUGUGACGUACAAAGAGAGCAUGGUACCAGCACUGUAUAUAGUCUUCUGCGCUGCAAAAGCAUGUUCUGCCCUUAUUGGAGCAAGCCGUCAUGCAUCAAUGAGCCACACAGCAUAUACUGUACCCACAGCCUUUCUUUAAGUAUAUGUAGUCAAACAUUUAUAGCAAACUUAAGCGGUACUAUGGGCGUCUCUUGGAGUCCACGCGGCUGAUUGUCAAAGAAAGCUUUAUACUACAUAAUCACCACCUAAUGUAUAAAUAAUACAAUACACAACAUGUACGGAAAUUUACUUUAAAAAAAUAAAUAAAUAGAAUGUGAUGGACUACGAUAGACUGUCUUUCCAGUUGCUAGUUGUACAUUCAAUGAAAUCUUAAGAUGUACCAAUAAAAACUGAAGAAAAGUACACG